AUGGCCGGUCAAGAAUUCGACGAAGGAUACACAUACAAAGGGGCGAGAGGAUGGCGUCGCUACCGUAUGCUGCGACCCGGAUGGGGAAUGUACCAUGACAUCAAACGACGGUUCCCAUUCUACUGGUCCGAUAUUCGAGAUGCAUGGACAUAUCGAACCGUCGCCAGUAUCAUCCGAAUCUAUUUCGUCAAUCUGUUACCCGCCGUUGCAUAUCAGUUGGACAUGUACCGACGCACGGGAGAGUUCUACGGAAUCAACGAAGCCCUGUUUGCGUCUGCGCUCGCAGCUGUGGUGUUCAGCAUCUUCGCUGCGCAACCUCUCACCAUCGUUGGGAUCACUGGUUUGAUUUCGUUGUUCAACUAUACAACAUUCGAUAUCAUCCAAAUGCAUGCACCAGAGUGGUAUCCGCAGUUCAUGGCCUGGGUCGGCAUUUGGGCAGCAAUUCUCCAUUGGCUCACAGCUCUUUGGAAUUGGUGCGACUAUAUGCGAUAUGUCACCGAUUUCUCCAGCGAUUCUUUCGGGCUGUACGUCGGUAUCAUUUACAUGAUUAAGGGGGUAGAGGAAUUAGUAUAUCAAUUCCGAGAUCCGGAGUCAUCUAGGUCAGCAGGGUUUCUCAGCUGCUUGAUUGCCAUAUUGUACUUCGGCUCUGUAUACUUCCUUGAAAAGCUAGGGGCCGGCACGGUAUGGAAUGCAUUCGUUCGCGGCUUGUUUGCAGACUACGCGUUUCCAAUUGCGACACUUUUCUGGGUCGGUUUUGCUCAUAUUCCAGGCGAGCUGAAAGACACAGAUGUAGCAUGGGUACCAAUAACCCGAACUUUCCAUCCCACUCAGCCUCGGAACUGGGUAAUCGACUUCUGGAACCUCCCAGUCAAAUGGGUGUUCGUAGCUUUGCCCUUUGCAUUUCUCUUGACGCUGCUUUUCUAUUACGAUCAUAACGUCAGUAGCCUGACCGCACAGGCACGAAACUUCCCCCUGAAAAAGCCCGGAGGCUUCCAUUGGGAUUUCUUCCUGCUUGGUGUGACGACCUUCAUCUCGGGUAUCUUGGGCCUGCCUAUGCCAAAUGGCCUUGUGCCACAAGCUCCGGUGCAUACGGAUUCUCUCACCAACUAUAAAACCGUCGUGGAGGUCUUCUCAGCUUCUGAAAGCGAAAACCCCGAGAUUCGCCGCUCUGCUGUCAAAGCCGUUACAGUCGUGGAGCAGAGAAUAUCUCACUUCAUCAUGGCACUUGCGCUCAUUGGGACCAUGACAGGACCAUUGCUCAGAGUGCUGCAUACGAUGCCAGUGGCUGUAUUCUCUGGCGUGUUCUUUGUUGUCGGUUGGGGUUCUAUUGAGACCAAUGGGAUAGUCGAGAAGCUCUUAUUUCUCAUGAAAGAGGGUCGAUUCAUCCAGAGGAAUCAUCCACUACUUCAAGUGCCGAAGACGAAGAUCUGUCUCUAUAUCGGCAUCCAGAUAUUUGGCGUCGCUUGUUCUGUUGCUAUAUCACAGACAGUUGCCGCAAUCGGUUUCCCUGUGAUCAUCACCGCACUCAUCCCUAUCCGUACCCGUAUCAUGCCUAAGCUCUUUACACAACACGAACUCGAGAUCAUGGAUGACUUGACUGCCAACAACGAAGCCGUCUUGGCUUCUCUUGGCGGCGAACCGAAGCUACUUGCAGGCAGGAAAUCGGAAGAUUAUGGCCUUGAGCACAAAUAUUCCGAAAAAAGUCGCGGAAGUAUGAGGCAGCGGGCUGGGAGUAUUCAUCGGUGA